UAAGAAUGUUGAAGAUUUUAGGCAUCAGUCUUAUACUAUUAAUUCUUUCAUUGUCAACAAACACAAAAAGUACUAAGGUACUUUCAGCGCAGAAAAAGUGUGGAGAUUCAGAAUGUGAAACAACUAUGAGCAGAGUGUUAGCCAUUAAAGACUACACUGGGCCUGACUGCCGCUACCUGCGCUUCAAAAUUGGGGAAGAAAUAAUGGUAUACUUCAAACUUUCCAGGGAAAGGGAAGAUUUAUGGGCUGGAAGUAAAGGCAAAGAAUUUGGUUAUUUCCCAAUGGAUGCUGUCCAGACAGAAGAAGUAUUUGUUACAGAAGAAAUAGAAGUGCCCACAAAGGAAACUGAUUUCCUUUGUCUUGAUGGUGAAGAAUAUGUUUUUGAAAAUGAAGACAGCAUACUUAAUCAUCGUGCUGAAGAAAAUGAGCAUGUAUCUCUUUACACUGAUGGUAAAGACUCAGACUUUAACAUGCCUGAGGAUGAAAUCAUGAAGCGCCCAGAUACUUCUAUCCCAAAAGAAUAUAGCAGUCACAGCAAGGCUGAUCAAGAUGAGUCUAGCCAGCAAGAGGAUCCAAUCAGCCAGGCUCUGAUUCCCGUCCCAACUCAGUCAACUUGGACUGUUUCUGGGAUUGCAGGUUGGCUUGGUUUGAGAAGGGAAGAAAAUAAGGAGGCUUUUGGAAAAUCCUCAGAGAUUGCAGAACAAGUUACAUUUAGACAUAGAAAAAUAGCAAUAGAUGAUAAUGCUGAUAUUAAAAAACAACCCAAGAAGAGUAAAAUGGAGCCACAUAGCUGGUUUCAGAGCAGUUUGACAGAUGUCUUUCAUUUUGGAAAUGAAAAACCAGGACAUGAUCUGCUGUACAAAGAUGGUGAUUCAGAUCUCCAUAGCAGUUGCAACACUGCUUCUAAUAGUGGCCACCAUAGCAGAACUGCAGCUUCUGAAGCAAGAAUAGAGAAACACAGUGAUAAUGAGCUGUCUGAAUCAAACUGGUUUGAUCUGAAGUUAAAUGAUAUUUUAACUUUUGGGUACACUCAAAAAGACGGAGAGCAGCUUGCAAAUGGAGAAGUAGAUCAAAAUGAAGACUCACUGCCUCCUAAUAUACAAUCAGUCCCAGUGGAGGAUGGUUUGAGAGAAGCAGCAGUAGAGCAAAUACUCUAUGAAGAACAAAACAAAUAUGUUAAAAAGAACAUAGAGCAAACAGCUGAAUCAGUAGUAGAUGAAGAGAAAGAAAAAUAUCAUGAAGAAAUUACCAGCCCAGAUAUUACAGAUACUGAAGUUCCUUUAGGAAAUGAACAUCCUGAUUUCAUGGAAGCUGCUUCUUUUUCCACUGAACUUGCUGAAAAUCUAAAAUCUUCCAGUACAGAACAAGAUUCAGUAUCAAGGAACCAAAUAAUUGAAAAUACUCCGGAGUCAGAAAGAAUAAAAAGCCAGUCAGGUUUGUAUGAAAGCGUAUAUAAUAAUAUAGUUGAAGUUAAUAAGGCCAUAUCAGUUAAUCAGUUAAGACAUAAGUCUCGAGCUAUUCAGAGCUCAGUUGUAGAGCAGCUUACAUCUUUUCACAGUAUAGAUAAUUUUGUUCCAUUACAUACUCAAAUUGAAGGAGAAGAAAAUCAAAAAGGCUCUAAAAAGCUUCAGUUUUUCUAUCCCGUUAUCUAUUUUACAAAUGUACUAGAUUUUAAGUAAGUUAGACCUAAAGAAAAUGCAGACACUUUGGGUAUGGAUCUAAAACCUAAUGAGUAAAACUGACAACCUAAAAAUAGUGAAUACGUAGCAUUUUCUACAGAUAAAGAAAAUAAAAAGCAGUUUCUAUUAAAUUAGAAUAUUAUCAAAAAAGAAUUAGAAAACAAUACUGACACUUCUCAGGAAAACUUUAUCCUGUCUUCUUUAGCAGCAAAAGCUAGUGAAAAAAACAUAGAAACCAUUGAAAAUGGUGAAUUAGUAGAAGUUAAUAAACCACACUUGCGGCUAGUGAAUUCUAAAAAAAUAUUGCCUUUCCUAUGUAGACAAAUAACUAAUUAUAAAAAGGGUCAGGAUCAGAAAAGGAAAGGUUUGGAAAUAUAGAAACACUUUAAUCCAAAAAUAUCAAAAAAGAUUAUUCACAUUCUAGAAUUCAAGAAACAGUCUCAUCUAGAGGUAGAAAAUAUAGCUAAUUCACCAUCAGUGUAACAAGCUAUGAAACAAAAAAGAAAAGAUGCUGGGAAAAUAGCUGGACCAGAUAAAAUAGAACAAGUAGAAAAUUUACUUUUGCAGGUGUCAGAAACAUUUGUAGAAAGAAUGUCUAAAAGCAUGCAAGAAAAAAAAAUUAAUCUGGAAAUGCAUGAAAUGUUUUUGAAAGAGCUAAAUGAACCCUUAAGGAAUUUUUCACAGUGCCAGGAUAUGCCAGAUGACAAUAGAAUAAAAAUUGCUGUUUUAGACAGUGGGAAAUCAGCUAUAAUGGGGAAGAAAAUGAAUUUUAUUAGAAAGAAGACUUAUAAUAAGGGAGGAAUAAAAGAGAAAAAUAGAGAGCAAAAAGCCAAAAAUACUAAUGAAGUAUUUGAAAAUUUUAAUGAAAAUUACUCCAAAGAUGCAGGAGAUAUUAAAGCAAGUUAUGUUCAUAAUGAAAAAGAAAAGCAGGAAGUUACUGAAGAUGCAAGGAAGUUAGCUCAGUCUCCAUUUUCUAUUUGUUUUUCUCCAGAUUCAGUCAUACAUUCUGAAGUACAAUACAGUGAAGCUGAAGAGCUCCAGUGCAUUUCUUCUUUUAACCACUAUAAAGAUCUCUUUAGAUUUCAGAACUUUCUAGACAAAACCAAAAAUUCUUUGCAAGAAAUUAAAAGAAUCAAAGUUAAAAAUAGCCAAUCUAAAAAUAGUGUUGAAUCACUACAGAAAAACAAAGAAAUAGAAAAGAAAAAUAUGUUAAAUCAGAAAACAGCAAAGAAAGCAAAUCUGAAGGAAGAUGUUUUCAACAAAGAUUUUUUUCUACUUUCAUUAACAAUGCAAAACAAUGCAGGCAGUGCAAAUGUAACAAAAGAUGCUAGGAUAUUAUUAGAAACAAUUUUUCCUUCAUCUGAAAAACAUUUUUCAGAAUGUAUAAUAAAACCUUUAUUCCAGGAUCAAAAAACAUGUGAUAAAAACUUUGGCAAACCGCACAAAGUCUCAGAAUUACAAUUUAGUGUACAAAGAUCAACAAAACAGUAUAAAUCUGUAAAGAGAGUUUCCUUAUCUAGAAAACAAUACAUUAAAAAAAUUAAACAUUUAAACCUAAAAUGUUUGGAUGAAAGUACACCUGUAAUCAGUUACACUGAGUUUAUGAAGAAAGCUGAGAUUUCAGAACCAUUGGUUUGUUUGUAUUCGGAAAAAUAUACCAACAAUGAUAUACAAGAUGAUGUUAUAGAUUCUCAUAAAGAAAAUGAAUUUGUUGAGGUGAAGAAUGUAGCAAGCAUGACACCUGGUACUAUGAAAAAAAUUUCCGUAAGUUAUAACAAAGACUAUCCAUGGAACAAAAGUAUAACUAAAGAAAAUAUGAAUCAGUUUUCUCAAAAAAGAGAAAAAGUACAAAUUAAUGUAUCAAAACAAAUUUUGCAAUUGACUAUUGACAGUCAACCAGAUAGCAAAAAGAUGCAAACAACUGAAAAGUACCCAAAUAACUUAAAGAAGCAAGGGUUAUCUCCAUUCACUGCAGGUCAAGAACUGCUUCAAUGUGAAAAAGAAUUUUAUGGACAUGUCAAACAUAAUUUGAAUUUUGUCACACACAGUGUGGAAAAUAAAUACUUUCAGGAUCCACAGAUGCAGACAGGUGAAAGAAGCAAUGAAGUAAACAGUUCAGAAAUAAUAGAAGAAUAUGAUGAUAGUGCUCAACGUUGUGAUGUUUCUUCAGUACCAAAAACUAUUGAAAAUUAUGCUCCCCAAGAACAAACUAUCUCACAUUAUCCUGAUUCUCAUACCUUUUCUAAGAAAAAUAUACAUUUACUACCCAUGUAUAAAAGUCUAAUCUAUUCAAAAGAAGGUAAAAAAGAAUUAAAAAGUAAACAAAAGAUUUUAGCUUCUCAUGUUGAUCAAUCAGAUAGGGAAAAAAGCAUUAUAACCAGUACAAGGCCUGAUAGAAAGCAUAUAAACCAGGCAGAAUAUACCACAAAAACAUAUUUAGCACCUAAUUUAGAAAACAAGUUUAAAAUUUUAAGUCAACGUAAGAAACAAGAUGGCAUUUUAAAUACUGGAGAUACCGAACUUGAAUUUCAGCAAGAAAUAGUACCACUAAUGUUAUCUGUACCAGUAGUAGUAUCUCAGAAGAAAACUAAAUGCAGUUUAAUCACUGACUAUCAUAAUUUACUUCUUAAAAAGCAUGGUUUAGUAGACCCUUUUGCCAGUGAAGAUCUGGAAAAAGAGUCUGUUUUCCAAAAUGCAAUUCAAAAUGGUAAAUUGAUAACAAAUACAGGCUUAGACUGGAAAGAUGCCAGUUCCUCCUUAAGAAUCCAGGAAUUUAAUUUAAAGCUAGUUAAGGAAUCAAGAAAGAUUAUUCAAGCAAAUAUUUGUGUAGAAGAAUUGCAGCAACUACAGAAAGAGUUUGAAAAGCUUCAGUACAACUUCUCCAUUUCUCCAUGUGAAGAUAUUUACAAGAAAAGAAAACAAGCAACAACUUUGGUGGAACAUAGAUGUAAAUUAAAUAUUGGACACGAGAAGUGUAUGAAGACCAAAAUGCAUUUACUGCCAGAAGUCCAAGGUCUAAUGUGGGAAAUCAGAAACAACUGUGGAAGCCAAAAGACAGAAUCAGAUAAUGGGAAAUUACCUGCCAAUGAUCUCAAAGAAAAAAAUCCUUUGAAUUCAAAUAAGAAAGCUAAGAAUGACCAGUAUUCUGAAAAAAAACCACCUCCCACAAAUACUAAGAAAAAGCCAAAUGCUUCAGGAAAAAAAUAUCUAGACCAACAGGACGUCAAAGAAGUACAAGAGAACAAUCUAAUGAAUCAAAGUUGUAUCAUUAGUAAUGAAAAUGAACGGCUACUUCACUUAACCCUGGAUUUGAAUACAUUCGGUGCCAUUGUAACUUCUAUUUUUUCAUCUAUGAUACCUAUAGGUAAAAAGGUUGUCUCAUCACUCCCUGAAAAUAUGAGACCUGGUCCAGAUCUCUUUGGUUUUUCAUGGGAAAUUGUUAUGGUUGCCAUUUUUACUGUUUUGCUGUUCUUGUGCAGGAUGUAUAAGUCAGUUAAAAGUAGACUUUAUUUAGGUAAAGAGAAGCAGCUUGCCAAUAAGAUUGCUGAACUAAUUGAAGAGCGAUGUAAAUUAAUGGAUAAACUGAGUCUCCACAAAAAAGAGUAUGCAGAAUUAGAAAACACUCUGAAAGAUGGCAGCUUUCUACAAGAGUCAACCAUUGCAUCAAAUAUUAAGAUACAGUAUGAAGAACUGAAUGGUUCAAACUCAGCACUCAAGAAUGAAAUAGAACACUUAGAAAAAGAAUUGAAAGAAAAGAAAUCUAAACAAUCAGAACAGGAUGAUUUGAUGGCUGAAAUACAGAAAAGAAGGGCAUCUUUAGAAAAUGAAGCAAAAUCUAUCCACUGUCAAGUAGCUGAGGCCAAAACCACAUUAAAAGUAUAUGAAAUUAACAGAGAGAGAUUGAAAACAUCAUUGCAAGAUGCAAUAGAGGAAAACAGACAUCUUCAUGAAAGUGAAAAACAAUUAUUACAAGAAGCUGAAGGAUGGAACGAACGAUUUAAUGAACUAAAUGAGCAGAUAAAAAUGUAUGAAUCAUCUCAAGCAAAUCUAGAGGAAGCUCUUAAAAAUAAAGAAAGUCAAGUCAAGUCUCUGACAGACUGCUUGCUAAGAAUGAAAGACUGGAGCUGUGCAACAGGAGAACAUGAUUCUAUGGGUGACAACCACAAGGAAAAUGAUAUAAAGAAUGAAACAGAAAACAAGCAGCACUUUGAUGUUCCAGAAAAAGAAACAGUAAAGAAGCUAAUUUAUGCUGCGAAGGUAAAUGCUCAAUUAAAAUCUGUGGAAACAGAAAGGAAUCAAAUAUAUUCAAAAUUAGCUGAUGAAAAGAAAGCAAAAGAGGAACUUGCAGAACGGAUUGAAAGACUACAAAGGGAACAUGUCAAUUUGAAGUCAGAAAAUAUAGGAGUUCAAAAUGAAAUUCAAAAGCUUCAGCAAAAGCUUAAAGUCAUGACAGAACUGUACCAAGAAAAUGAAAUGAAUCUUCACAGGAAAUUAACUGUAGAAGAAAAAGAACGUUUACAGAAAGAAGAAAAACUUUCCAAAGUCGAUGAGAAAAUGAAUCAUGCUGCUGAAGAACUGCAUACUUACCGGCAUCGGGUAAAAGAUCUUGAAGAAGAACUGGAAAGAACUGUUUGCUCUUAUGAGAAACAAAUUAACUCACAUGAGAAAAAAGCUCAUGAUAAUUGGUUGACAGCCCGGGCAGCUGAAAGACAACUGAAUGACAUGAGAAAGGAAAAUCAACACAGAAGACAAAAUUUGACAGAAAUAGAACUUAAAUACAACUUUUUGAAAAAAGAUCCUUAUGCUUAUGAUGAUACAGCCACAGCAUUUGGCAGAGAGCAGUCCCUAUAUGGACCCUCACCAAUGGGCAGACCUUCAUCAGAAACAAGAGCUUUUCUUUCCCCCCCAACCUUAUUGGAGGGUCCCUUAAGACUUUCACCUGUGCUUCCAGGUGGAGGAGGAAGAGGUUCAAGAGGCCUGGGGAAUCCUGGCAUAACUGAAGUUGGUAAUGAAAGAGGAGAGCUGAACACCAGUAGGUUAUCUGAUCCACACAGGCCACCUUCUGACACUGGAUCUUUGUCACCUCCAUGGGAUAGAGAUCACAGAGUAAUCCUCCCUCACCCAGGUCACCUCUAUAAUGAGCAAUCUCUUCCUCCUCGAAGACCAGAAAGAUUUUAUCCCCAUCCUGUAAACUCUGGAAGGCUUUCAGGACCAGCUGAACUAAGAAGUUAUAACAUGCAUUCAGUUGAUAAAACAGAUGGACCAUCAUCUGAAAAUAACUUAAGAAUGGACUUGAGUAGAGAUGAAUUAAGAGAUCAUUCAAAUGACAGUAAUAUGUACCAUAUACACGAUCAGUCUCUUCCUCCUGAAAACGAAACCUUAGGACCAGGAAUUGUGCCACCACCACUUCCAUUUUUGAGAGGUCCUCUAAUGUCAAUGGAUCCAAGGGGAUCUUUCAUGAGAAGAGGUCCUCCGUUUCCACCACUACCUCCUAGUUCUGUAUAUGGUUCACAGGAAUAUUUUCCAAGGGAUUUUGCUGGUUUGCCACAUCCUCUAUUACCAAUGAGAGGUCCAUUUCCUAUGAGGCCUUUUUCACAAUAUCCACCUCCUCCAAGGGCUGGCCUUUUCCCUCCUCCCCCUCCACCACCACUAUCUGAUAACAGAAAUGAGGUUUCUGCUGAGUUAACACAGCUGUCAACUGUAUCAUCUACAGAUAAUCGAGAAUCACAAGAAGAAACUGGUUGAGUGUCAUUUUGUUCUUGACAAUUCUCUUGACUGAAUUAUUUCUUCUCAACUGAAGUAACUUGUUACUUAAUCCACUCUAUUAUUGCUCAAAUUGAAGCUGAAUAGAGUAAUUCUCAGGAGAGUGAUCUGUAAAUACUGGUUUGACUGUGAAUAAAUUAUAACUGUACAGCAGCAACUUUUAAAUAUUUUUAUUUUGCUUAUCUAGAUGUAAAAUUUAGUCCAAUAAGAAUUCUCUAGCUGUCUUUUGACUACACCUGGUCUCAUAAAAAAUUAAUGCACGUGAAAAUGAAUAUUAUGGUGAAAUGCAGGUGUUAAAAAAUAAAAAGGUUUUAAUAAUU